AUGGUUGUCAAUGCUGUAUUGACGUUAGAUCAAGAAGAAUUAAAUGAAAAGCUUAUCGGUAUUAAAAGGAUUCCUGGUGGCGCCAUGCAAGACUCACUACUUAUUAAUGGAGUUGCUUUCAAAAAAACUUUUUCUUAUGCUGGAUUUGAACAGCAACCUAAAUCUUUUAAGAAUCCAAAAAUUUUAUCAUUGAAUGUCGAAUUGGAAUUGAAAGCUGAAAAGGAUAAUGCAGAAGUUCGCAUAGAAGACCUCGAAGCCAUCGUUAAAACUGGAGCUAAAGUAGUAUUAUCAAAGUUGCCUAUAGGUGAUUUGGCCACUCAAUAUUUCGCUGAUAGAGAUAUAUUUUGUGCUGGCCGUGUUCCUGCCGAAGAUCUUAAUCGUGUAGUAAAUGCGGUUGGUGGAUCUAUACAGUCAACGUGUUCAGAUAUUGAAGAUAAACAUUUGGGCACAUGCGAGUCUUUUGAUGAAAGACAAAUUGGCGGGGAAAGAUUCAACCUGCUUAAUGGUUGUCCAGCAGCAAAGACUUGUACUUUAAUUUUAAGGGGAGGUGCUGAACAAUUUAUUGCAGAAGUUGAACGAAGCUUACAUGAUGCAAUUAUGAUAGUCAAAAGAACUAUUAAAAAUAAUUUAAUAGUUGCUGGCGGUGCCAUUUGGUAUGGUGUAGAUAUUAAUUCUGAAUCAGUAGCUGACAAUUUUGCGGCAUUUGUUUGGGAACCUGCACUUGUGAAAACAAAUUCUAUUUCUGCUGCGACUGAAGCAGCAUGUUUGAUAUUAAGCGUUGAUGAAACUGUCAAAAAUCCAGCCUCUGACAAACCACAAGCAGGACCACCAAUGCCAAGGGGUGGUAUGCAAAGGGCACUAAAAAGUGGUCGUGGUCGAGGAAUUCCCCUUAUGAUUUAUCACUAUGAGGCACGUAAUCUUAGUUCUAGAACCAGUUAUAUAGAAUCAGCUGAAUCUGAUAAGGCGAAA